GAGAGCUAGAUCUAGAGCAUGUGCCUACAUACGCGCAUGCGCACGCACGAAGAUCUGUUCCAUGUGUGAUAAGAGCUGCCUUGGAAUCCGGAGUUGGUGAAUGAAAACGCCUGUAAAUCCUUCCAACGAAGUCCUUAUAUUUGAAGUAUAUUAUUAUAUCAAUCAUGUAUAAUCAAGGAAAAGAUUACAAUGAUCCGAAGUAUGACCAGUAUGGAUAUGAUGACAGAUAUGAAACACAUACAGGUGACCCAAGCAAGGACUUUGCGUACCGUGACCGCGAUGAGUUCUCUCGACCGAGGAACGCUAGUUACAUCGUCCCCGAGGACAUCAAGCGAUUCCUCUUAGACUUCCAGGGCAACAUCCGAGACAAAAAUGUCUACGAAAUCAACCAUUGCUAUGAAUCAACUUUUAACAAGUUAUCAGAAAGCUACUUUAAGAAUUCACCAUGGCCCUCUGCUGAAAUAGUAGCAGAAAUCGUUCAGAAUGAUGAAAUAUUUCUGAUCCUUUACAAAGAACUGUAUUACAGGCAUAUCUUGGCUAGGACCCAGAGUGGUCCUGACCAGCAGCAGAGAUUUGAAUCUUACUACAACUACUGUAACCUAUUCAACUAUAUCCUCAAUGCGAAUGGGGGUCCUGUGGACCUGAAGCUUCCAGACCAGUGGCUGUGGGAUAUUAUUGAUGAGUUCAUUUAUCAGUUCCAGGAAUUCAGCAAGUAUCGCAGCAAAAUGGCCCUGAAGUCGGAAGACGAAAUCACUGUUCUAAAGGGCAAUCCCAAGAUCUGGAAUGUACACAGUGUCCUGAAUGUUCUGCAUUCCUUGGUGGAGAAGUCUGGUAUCAAUCAACAGCUGGAAGCAUAUGGAUCUGGAGUUGAUGACCCUGAGUCUGAAGCCUCUGACUUUGGUCGUCAUCCUCUGUAUAAGAUGCUUGGUUACUUCAGCCUGAUCGGUCUGCUACGUCUUCACUCCCUUCUGGGUGACUACUUCCAAGCCAUCAAGGUCCUAGAACAUAUCCAGCUCAAUGAACAGACACUGUACUCCAGAGUGGCGGCGUGUCAGGUCAGUACGUACUACUACGUGGGCUUUGCCUACCUGAUGAUGAGGCGUUACCAGGACUCCAUCAGGAGUUUCACCAACAUCCUCCUCUUCAUCCAGAGGACCAACAGAAUGCUGUCUACCGGUUCCUACCAGGUUGAUGUGAUCAAGAACCUGCAGGAUAAGAUCUACAAGCUCCUAGCCCUGGUCCUCACUCUGCACCCCAUGCGUAUUGAUGAGAGCGUCCACAUGCAGCUCAGGGACAAACUAGGAGAUAAACUACAGAAGAUGCAGAGAGGAGACCUGGCCAUCUAUGAAGAAUGUUUCUCUUCUGCCUGUCCUCGUUUCCUGUCACCUGUCCCACCAAACUAUGAGGAUCCCAAUGCCAACCACAACAAGGAACCAUUCGCUCUGCAGGUCAAGGUCUUCAUGGAGGAGGUCAAGCAACAGCAGCUCAUCCAAAACAUCAGGAGUUUCCUCAAGUUGUACACAACAAUGCCUGUCUCCAAACUGGCCACAUUCCUGGACGUGUCUGAGGAAGUUUUCCGCACACAACUUCUCUGCUUCAAGCACAAAAUGAAGAACUUGGUUUGGACCAAGGGUGCUAGUGGUUUAGAAGGAGAGUUUCAGUCUGCAUCAGAAGUAGAUUUCUACAUUGAUGGGGAAAUGAUCCACAUUGCAGAUACAAAGGUUGCCCGUCGCUAUGGUGAUUUCUUCAUCCGUCAAAUACACAAAUUCCAUGAGCUCAACCGAAAUCUAAGGAAGACAGCAUCUACAAACUAGCUAGUAAACAAAUCAAGCAAGAACAGAAUUAUGUAAUCUACUUGGAGCAGCCUAAACUUUGAGGGAAAUGUGGCGUCGACAUGAACCAUUUGUGGAAGAAACGUCUAGUCUUCACAACACUUGGAACAUUUGUAACACAGAACUUUUGUGGAUGCUUCUGCAGCAACAAGCGCAGGAGCCAAAUGGUGACACUUUGGAAGAUGUUUCUGGAAGCAUGCACCAAUAAAUUUUCCUUCCCUUACUCCCUAAUUCUUAUUCCAAUUCAAUAUUUUGAUUUGCCAUCUAUUAUGGAUGAAAUUUCUUCUUGUAAUGUUGUAAACUUGUUUCCUUGAAUGCAUGAGCGCUGAAAGGCAGCUCGAGCUAAAGCCGGGGUAAUGAUAAUAACAACGCGCCUCGGAAUAGAAUAUUUCUAGAUAGAUGGCGCUAUAUAAAUGCCUAUUAUUAUUGAUUAAACUUGUUGGUUUUCAAAGGACGAGCCAGAUUUUUAUACUCACUUGCAUAUAAAAGAGAAGAAAACAAAAAUUUAUUGAAACUACCUAAUAAACUCCUCAAAAAGUAAAAUUAUGUAAAACAGAGAGGAAAUGAAUUUUGACUCUGUAUCUACAUCCUUGGAAAUUAUUUGAUUCAAAUAAAACCACUGGUCAACUGAAACCCAUUAUGGUUUCAGGUGAUUCUUAAUAAAUGUUUAUAAACAUAUUUUUUAAAGAUUUUGGUUUUCUUCUCCUCUUGCCGAUAAAUCAACGCUCCAAAUAAAAAUCUGACUAUCCCCAAACGAUUCUUUAGUUAUGAUGGAUGAUUUUGACUCGGUUUGUUGCUCAGCUUUGUUGGUACUUCAAUAACAAGUACAAAAUUCUUUAAGUCAUUCUGUAGAAAAAUAUAUUCUAAAGGUUGUUUCUAGUGUCCUGUCCAAUGAUGAAACAGAAAGAGAUUGAAUAAUUUGUGAUAUACCAUUGAAAAAUCAUAUGGUAAACAACAAAAAAGAUUCUUGUAUUUAUUAUCUGUUGUUAGAAACACCAGGGGCCCGUAACACAAAGGUUAGCGAUUAAUCUCGAAAUGAAAUGGCCUAUCAAGAUCAUCGUUGCAUGCGUAUUUUGCUCAGUAGACUGACUUAGGAACCAAUCAGAAUUGUUCUUUCAAAUUGAUUAAUCGCUAGCCUUUGUGUUACAAGGCCCUGAUUUUUCACAAUGCUUCCUGGGCCCCGUCUUACAAAGAGUUGCGAUUGAUCCGAUCAAUCACAACUAUGGAUGGCCAGCAAUGUCAACAUGUAUUAUGCAUGUUUGUUCAAAAUAUUUUCUAGCUAUGAUGCAUAUUCAUGCAUUAAUUGUUUUCUUUAAAAAAAUACUGUGCUUCUUUUUGUUUACAAAGUACAUUGUGCAAAUUUCCUGAGGAAAAAUUUAUGACACUGAUGGAUUUCCAUAGAGUUACGAUUGAUUGGAUCAAUCGUAACUCUUUGUAAGACGGGCCCCUGAUGUGCCAGGGGGCGUUUCACAAAGAUUUAAGUAUGAAUUAGAGUCUCAUUUAAAUGUCCAGUUGUGCAUAGUAUAACAGGAUUGACCGCAUUGGUCAGAUCAUGCCAAGAGGAUCCGCACUUCCGCGCAUUGAUCGAUAAGAUUGCACGUUGCAUAUCGUGUACGCGCCAGCAUUUAAGUGCGACUCUAAGUCAUACUUAAAUCUUCGUGAAACACCCCCAGGUCUUGUAGAGUGCAACGGUGUCUAAUGGGGUAUUGCAAGAAACUUGCGAUCAAUUGCAAGUUAAUUUUUGGUCCCUAAAUCAAUCAUAUGUCUUGCAGUUAAUUGCAAAUUAGUGAUUGAUUGCUAACUUGCUCCUUGAAACAAGAAGUUUAGUCUGAUUUGCUACAGCUAACAUUGAUCUAUCAGUUGUAAAAUUGCAACUGAAUAUUUGCAAUUGAUCGCAAAUAUUUUCUUGCAACACCCCCUUAGUAUGAAUGCUAAUGUUCCAUUAACCCACUCAUAUUAUCUAUUGAAAAAGUUAACUGGUUUGGCUCAAGUUAUCACAAAACUACCAAUGUACUCAUUUGCUUCUAUUCAAUUAACUCUGGUCAAAUUUGUACUAAAUGAUCUAUUCAAUAUUCUAAGUCUAAUGAUAAGGUUAUCAAGUUAUCAAAAUGAUUCUAUUCGUGUGUAUGUGAUGAUUUUCAAGCAAAGCCCCGUAAAAACGGUCACACUUUGUUUUCCCUAGACUUGAAAAGAACAUGUUUUCCUCUGAGAAAUAAACAUAACAAAAGUUGAGGUUAGUGCGAAACAGAAACAAGAUGGGGUGACCAUCAAGUUAUUCAGUUGUAUGGGGUAAUCUUACCUCAUUCUCUACAAUUUUUCUUCGGUUAUCUAUAUUGAAUUUUAUUACUUCAAAUUUGGAAAAUUUGUCAGGAAACAACCAUUGUAAAAUGGAUCCAUAUUUUCAGCAUCAUACAAUGUACAUAUACCUGCAUAUUACAGAACCUGGUGGAUUGCUGUUGCUAGUACAGCAUGAAAUAAACAAAAAAUGUAAAUUUAA